AUGACUACUCUAUUACAGUUAUCUAAUUUAUUAUUAAUACAUAUCAUAUCAGAGAUUGAAGAUAAUGUAGAUACAAUAUGUUUGUUAAUGACAUGUAAAAAGUUAUAUCAUAACAGUGGUAUUAGAGGAUCGAUUAGUUUUAAAGGGAUUGGAAUAAUAGAUACAAACAAGAGAAAUGAAUCAAAAUCAUUUAGAGCAACAGUUAAAAGAUUCAAUCUAAACUCUUUCAAAGAUACCUUGGACAAAAUCAUUGUACGUUUGAAUAGUAAUCGAGUCAAAGGAAUUUUGGAUGAUCUUGUGGAAGACUAUCAUCGUUAUUAA